UUUUUUUUUUUUUUUCUCAACUCCGCCCCUCUCUCCGGACCAGACUUAUACAACUUGCGAACGCACCGUAUUUAACAGAGCUGUCUGCUGGCGAUACCGACGUGACAACGCUAACAAUGGGGGUGACGAUACGAGUCGAAUACUGUGGAAAUUGAGGGUACGAACCCCGCUAUCUGGAACUUGCCCGUGUUGUCAAGGGCGAGUAUCCUGAUGCGGAUGUUUCGGGCUUCGUGGGAAGAAGAGCUAGCUUUGAGAUCGUAAUCAACGGGCAGCUGGUCUUCUCCAAGAUUGAAACUGGUGGCUUCCCUUAUGAGGAUGAUAUCUUGGAUACAAUCCAGGCUGCCAGUGAGGGAAAACCUAUGCAGAAGGUUACCAAAAGCCGAGCACCAUGCGUCAUCAUGUAAAUCUCCCUCUAUCCUGCUUUAACAUCAGCAGUAUAGAGAUAGGCCAGUGCUACUGUAAACUGCCAGUGUUACCUCUGGUUUGGACAGACCCUUUGUCCGAAACAAACAGGAUGGCAACAUAACAGCUAGCUGCUUUCUCUGAUUCAUAUACCAAAUCUGCUCUGCCUUCUUACUCCUCUCUCUGUUCCCGUAGUGGGGCUCCAGGCUGUUAAUGAUAACUGUGGCUUAAACUGUUCAGGGUCAUGGUUUGAUGAAUCCGUUCCGGGAAAUCCCUAAAUUUUAUAGGAACAGAGACAAGGAGAAGAAGUUGCAGAAGAGAAUCAGAAAGCGCUGACUUUUCUUUUCCUCGGCUACAGCCUUGUUUCUUUUAUCCUCAAACUGCCUUUUUUUUUUUUUUCUGCAAGACUAUUCAUGUCACAUACAAUUAACAAUUUUCAGUGUAUGCAAAGACUGCACAAAGCAUUCACAUGUGGUUGGGCAUAAAGGGAGACUCUGCACCCCUCAAUGCAGAACAGUUUAUUGAUAUUAUUAACUCAAAUAGUUGGUUCUAUUUGAGUUGAUAAUUUCAGAACACAUUUACUGUAAAGGCUGACGAUAUUAGUAACAUCACAGCUUUAUGCAAGACUGCUACUGUAACAUUGAACUUUUAAUUUUUAAUUUUUUUUUUAAAUGUCCUGUUAUCAUAUUGGUCAACUACUAGAGUAAUUGUCGGCAGUGCAUCUGAAGACCACUACCCACUGGUCUCUCUGCUCACACUAAUGAUGUCGGCUCUUUCAAUCCAAAUGUUCCCACUGCAUUUUCAAACUGUUAACUUUAAAUAAAGCUACUGGUUAUGUAA